CCCAAAAAUAACCACUGCCAUACGUGUACCAAGGACUACAUUUAUGGAACUAAACAUGAAACCAACACUAAUUCUCUUUUUGUUCUUUGGUAAUCUCCAUCCAAAUUCCCAAGUAUUUUCUUGGAUCUUCCUUAAACAAACUCCUAUUUAACAUAUUUAAAGCAACAUUAAAGCAAAAUACAAACAUAAUUAACAAACAAACCAAGUUUAAAUUUAGAUAAAACUAGCUUCUUAAACAAGCCAUGCAACGUUACAUCCGCAAAAUCGUUCAACCAACAUGUCAAGUUUUCAUAAACCACCGUGGAAUAGACACAAAGAAGAACAUAGCUGGGUUGUUGUUCAAGGAUUUAACAAGUAUGGGAGUGAAAUCUUUUCUUGACAGCAAGAACAUGAAACCAGGUGACAACCUGUUUCAUCAUAUUGAUAAAGCUAUCAUUGGUUGUAAGGUUGGUGUUGCUGUCUUCUCUCCUCGUUACUGCAACUCUUAUUUUUGUCUCCAUGAGCUCGCUCUUCUCAUGGAGACAAAGAAACGAGUUGUUCCAAUAUUUUUCGAUGUUAAGCCGUCGCAACUAAUGGUCAAAGACGACGGAACUUGUUCUGAGAAGGAGCUUCGAAGGUUCAGAUUUGCGUUAAAAGAAGCACAAAAUACGGUUGGCAUAACCUUUGAUCCAUUCAAUGGGUAG